UGAAGUCGAUCCUAAUUCUGACGCCAAAUUCAAAUGUCUUCAGCCUGCAAACAGAUCUUCGACGAGCGUUAUUCCACAGCUAUUAGCACCCGUUUAACUUGCACAGAAAGUGGUGUGGUUUUACCGAGAUCAAGUACUUCCGCGUGAAUUUCAAACGACCAAGAAGGAUUAUAUCAUCACAAUACUCAGUGCAUAUUGAAUUAAAUUCCAAGAUGUUUUGCUCAAUUCCGCAGAAAAUUGGCACUCUAGUGGCCUCUGGACUUUUAACGGCCACAUUAGGUUUUGUUUUAUACAUAACUUUUCCAAUGCUAAUGGAGAGUGAAAUAAAAAAAAAAUUAGUACUUAAAGAAGGUUCACAAAGUUAUGAGUAUUGGAAAGAUAUUCCAGUUCCUAUAUAUCUAGAAUUUUAUUUUUUCAACGUAACUAACACGGAAGAAGUAUAUAAUUUCACCAACAAGCCUAUUUUGGAAGAAGUGGGACCUUACACUUUCAGAGAAUCCAGAGAAAAAGUUAAUGUUACAUGGCGGGAUAACGGUACACUCAGUUACAAACAGAUCAAAAGGUGGUACUUUCAGCCUGAUCGUACUAAUGGAUCUCUACAGGACUACAUAACUACUUUAAACGUUCCAAUGAUGGCCGCUGCUGCCAAAGGUAAAGAAAUGGAUAUGGCUUUGGUGUAUUACGCUCUUGAAGAAUUUUUUGAUCAUUUCAACAGCACAUGGUUUGUGACAAAAACUGUAGAUGAACUACUUUUUACUGGAUAUGAAGAUCCUUUGAUGAAAGCAGCUAAGGCAUUCAUGAAUAUGCCUUAUGAUAAAUUUGGAUGGUUUUAUGAACGUAAUGGUACAGAUGAUGGCGAAUUCGUAGUAUAUACUGGAGCAGACGAUAUUCAAGAAGUGGAUCAAAUCUAUACUUGGAAUAAAUCAAGAACUGUUACUACCUAUGAUCCUCCUUGCAAUAUGAUUAACGGCUCAGCUGGAGACAUUUGGCCACCCAAUCAAACUGGUGAUAACUUAGAGCUUUUUGUGACUGACAUAUGCAGGUCAUUAUCAUUCAAGUACCUGAAAAAACUGAAAGUCAAGAACAUCCCAGCUUACAGGUACUGGGCUGAUAAUACUCAAUUAGAUAAUGGAAAAUAUAAUCCAGAAAAUAAAUGCUUCUGCAGCGAUGACAUUUGUUUACCAGCAGGAAGCAUCAAUGUCAGUGCGUGUAAAUUUGAUGCACCGGCUGUAGUGUCCUAUCCGCAUUUUCUUUACGCAGACUCAAUUUACAGUCAAGGUGUAAUUGGUAUGAAGCCAGACCCGAAGCUGCAUCAGAUGUACUUGGACAUAGUGCCGGAAAUGGGAAUUCCUAUAAGCGUAGCAGCAAGAAUGCAAAUAAAUAUCGUGUUCGAAGGAGUUAAGGACAUUAGGCAAUUUAGCAACAUUUCCAGAAGAAUAUAUUUUCCAGUCCUUUGGUUUAGUGAGACUGCAAUGGCUACUGACUCUAUCGUGGACCAGCUAAGACUUGUGCUAUAUACACUUCCUUUAAUAUGUAAUAUAUCCUCAUUCAUCAUGAUUUCCGUGGGAUGUUUCUUGGUACUAGCAGCAUUUGUCCUGUCCUUACUAUACGCAGCAGGCAAGAUCACUGACAUGCCUGGAACGAAAGAUGAUGCAUUGCUGGAAGAUGAAAGUUCACAAAAGGAGAAUGAGCCAGCCUAUAGUGAAGUAUCGAAAACAACAUGAUUCGAAGAUAUUUUAACUGUACAUAAAACUCUGAAAUCGAUACAUUUGUUCAUUUUUCUAAGCUAUUGUCUUUGUAGAUAUUGUGAUUUUACAAUAAACUGUU